ACUUCAGUCAUUCAACAGAACACAACCAAGUCAGCAGCCGACGAGAACGUACAGCAGUGACGUGUGAGGUACUGGUGCUGUGGGACGUCUUGGUGCACAUCUGCCUCGCCGAUAUUUCCUCCGCACCGGCCACAGUAUCGCCUGGCAGUUAUUGUUAACAUUAAUUUGGCAGCCUCUCAUAUUGACACCCGUGCAUCGCCAGUGUGUUCAGGUCUGUGUCUGCGAGCAAGGCGUUUCCAGCAGCAGGUGUUGGGAGCAGGGACUGAUAACUGUGAGAGUACCGAGUGGGGCGAGGUUGAGGGCUGUUUGGCUCCCUGGGCUCGGCAGUGUCGCGGAGGCAGGCGGCGGCGAGUGUAGUGUUGAGGUGGUGUUGGAUGGUCUUGAGCUCCACAACGACGUCUCGUGCUUAGUGGUGAGUCGUGGUGCCGCAAGAAAUAAACCAGGAGCAAGUAGAGGCCCUGAGGAACACUCUUGACACUUGACGCGCCCUGGAAAGAGAACCUCCGACUGCUGAACUGCUGAGAAGAUUUAUUACACGGUAACGCAAAGAUGGCUGUGUCGCAGGACAACCGUUGGCAGAAGGAUGCCGCCGACCAGAACUUCGAUUACAUGUUCAAGUUGCUGAUCAUCGGCAACUCGUCUGUGGGCAAAACCUCGUUCCUCUUCCGCUACGCCGACGACUCCUUCACCUCCGCCUUCGUCAGUACCGUCGGCAUAGACUUCAAGGUCAAGACGGUCUUCAGAAACGACAAGAGAGUCAAACUUCAGAUCUGGGACACUGCCGGCCAGGAGAGGUACCGCACCAUCACCACCGCCUAUUACCGAGGGGCCAUGGGCUUCAUCCUCAUGUACGACAUUACCAACGAGGAGUCCUUCAACAGCGUGCAGGACUGGUGCACUCAGAUCAAGACGUACUCGUGGGACAACGCUCAGGUGAUCCUCGUGGGCAACAAGUGCGACAUGGAGGACGAGCGCGUUAUCUCGUACGAGAGGGGUAAGCAGCUCGCCGACCAGUUGGGCCUCGAGUUCUACGAGACCUCCGCCAAGGAGAAUAUCAACGUGAAGGCUGUGUUCGAGCGCCUUGUGGACAUCAUUUGUGACAAGAUGUCUGAAAGUUUGGACACAGAUCCCAAUUUAGUGAACGCCAACAAGGGCACGAGGCUCACGGAGAACCCCCAGCAACAGAAUGGUUCGUGCCAGUGCUAACACCCCGGGGGCCGCCUGAGCACCCCCGCCCCCCACAUGCCCCCACCCUUAACACAUCCCUUCCUUUCCUCGAGUUCGCGCCUGACAACACUUGCCACGCCCUCAGACACGCCCAGACCACGCCGACACCCACAACCCGGAAUACAGUGUGACUCACCACGAGGAAAACGUCAAGAGGAGGAGGAGGAUGACCAGGUACCUGUGCUCUGGCCUGAGGGCUUGAAACGGAUCUCUCAGGUCCUGUGCUGGGUCUUCGGGUGCCAAGACCUCAGAGUUGAUGGAGGAAAAAGAAUUCAAGACCCAGCAGUAAAUUAUCCAUGUUGUAUAACCCACAUAUGCAUUACGAGAGGUACGAACCAGGAACUGCACAAUAAAUAGUUAACACAGA